ACAGUAUUUAGCCACCGCUUUCCACCGUCACUUUGUUUCGUCUACAGCAAGAAAUGAAGGAGGAAUUCACCGUCGAUCCUGCUCAGCUUCUCGCAGCGGCUUCCGAUUUCGCUCAACAACCAGGUGCUAUCUCAGACAUUUCAGCUCAUGAGUUCCUCACCCGCUUUCCACUUCCUGCCAUUUUCGGCGCUUUGCAAACGGAUGCGAGUUACCCUGGUCUGGAGAGUGCUUUGGUCGAAUGUUUGGAGAGGGUAUUCCGAACUAAAUAUGGAGCAUCGCUUAUUCCACACUAUAUGCCUUUCGUUUUGGUUGGCCUUGGGUCAGAUUCUCAGAAAGUGAAACGACUGGCCAGUAUAGCUAUAUCAUGUCUACUGGAGCAUACAGAUAAAAGGGUUGCUAUCCAAUUAGUUCUUCAACAUAGUAUUUAUCCCCUUUUGCUUGGUUGCUUCAUUGAUGGUGAUGAGCAAGUGGCUGCUGCUUCAACAGAUGCCAUUAAAAGUUUGGCUAGCUACCCUGAAGGCAUGGGGGUUAUCUUUCCAGAAAAUGUUAAUGAAGCUACACAUCUUGGAAAUGUAGCAGAGAAAUGCACAUCACUGGGAAGAGUUCGUGUUCUAGCUUUGAUAGUGAAGCUCUUCUCUAUUUCAAGCUCAGUGGCAUCAGAAGUAUCAAAAUCAAAUUUUCUAAGUCUACUGGAGGCAGAAGUCAGAAAUACAAAUGACACUCUAGUUACUUUGAGUGUGCUGGAACUUAUUUAUGAGCUGGUGGAAGUUCAACAUAGUGCUGAAUUUUUGUCAAAAACAAUCCUGCUCCAACUUCUUAUUUCCAUAAUCAGCAAUGGAGCUGCGGAGUCCAUUUUAAGAUCUAGGGCAAUGAUGAUAACUGGAAGGCUUCUGUCCAAGGAAAAUGCUUUUGCGUUCAUUGAUGAAUCCAGUUUUAAAAAUGUUAUAUCUGCAAUUGAUAAGAGGUUUGAGUUCCUCGAAAGUCAAGAUGCAGAUGAAUGUGAAUGUGCUGUUGAAGCACUGGGUCAAAUUGGAUCUUCAUUCCAGGGAGCAACUAUUAUUCUGUCAAAUACGCCUCCUGCUGCGAGACAUGUUGUUGAUGCUGCUUUUGACCGACAACAGCAUGGUAAACAGCUGGCUGCCUUGCAUUCUCUUGCAAACAUCGCUGGUGAAACACGAAUGGGAAAUAAUGUGCUCCUGACAAGGGUGGCUGAAGAAAACCUUAAGAGCCUGAUUUAUGAUCAAGCAUCCAAAACACCCAAGCUGAUCCCCUCAGGCCUCCUCCUAUCAGUUCUUCAGCAGGGUUCUGAAAUCCGUAUUGCGGGAUACAGAUUGAUUAGUGGUUUGGUUGCUCGACCUUGGUGUCUGAUUGAAAUAAUCUCUAGACCGGAGAUAAUUGAGAUAAUUACCGACGCCCUUACAGAAACCAGCAAGAUAGGAAUGGAAGCUAGACACAAGUGUUGUGAAACAGUGUUCGGGGCCUUCACAGCAUCUAGUAAACUUGUCAAUGAUCCUGCCUAUUCUGGCCUGACAUCAAAGCUACAGGAAGCAAUCAGAAAGGGGCCUUAUGGUGGUAGGAAGCGAAUCGAAGCUCAGCCAACUGUAGCAACGGCCGACUGAUUUUAACUCUAUCAAUAAAUAGACUUUUGUCUGUUUUAGUAUUUCAUGGCUCGACAUUCUAUAAUAUUCUAAGGUUGUAGCAAAAUUAUUAUGAAUAAUUUUUCUCAGUUUUCCUAAA